CUGGCAGCCCUGCCUCUAAGGGGAGGGUAAGAUAAGAGUCCGUUGGAAAUCCUCCUCGAGUCUGAGUCUCAUAAUCAAGGCAACACAGACAGCUCGCGCGCGGCCGUGCACGCGCUGGAUAUUGAUAAGGAAACUAAAGGACUGUUAUAUAAUACAUCUCUCUUGUAUUACGCACGGACAAUCUUGGAUUGGAAAUACUUUUUUUUUUUUUAGAUAUAACUGUUUUUAUAUUUUGUCGAGGGUGAUGUGGAGUCAGUGAAGAUUUUGUACAACACAAAGGAGCACAUGCAUCACUAUUUAGGAGACUUUUAAAACCACCUUUUCGCUUAUAAAACUUAAAUGCGUGUGGCCACACUUGACCAGGUUUUCCUCUGUAGCCUACCUUUUGAUGUCGCAUAUUAAAAAAGUGAAGUCUUUAAUGGCCUGGACUAUGUAAAUCGAUUCGUACAUUAAUUUAAUCACAAACUGUAGGAUUUUGGGGCUGUGCUGGGAAAACUCUCUUCGCGUUAAUCCGCAAACUGCUUUUCAAAGGACUUCAAAUGGGCCACAGAAAAGAGACUCAUUCUGCCGUGGAGGGCAAUCUGAAUGUUUGCGCACUGAGAGGAAUGUCAAGCCUCCGCAGCCGCUGAGGGGCUCAGAACUGCUGUUUCAUUAACCUGGUAUUUGCUCGAGAGCCGCUGUCCCGCGCGCCCGGUGCUGAGCGUCUCGUGCGUGCGCGUCUCUCUCGAUGCGCGCUGUCCCGCGGAGCCCCGCAGCGGCACGGCAGCAAGAUGAGAUCGCGGAUCCCGCUUCUUCUCGCGGUGCUGGCGGCGGCGUGUCUGCGGUUCGGCAGUGCGGAGGGCGAUCCUCUCCCGGCCGCUGUGGUUGAUCUGGUAAAGAGUGGAUCUGUGUCGUCUAUGCAGGAUUUGCAGUUUCUAUUGUCCAUAGAGGUUGAGCCAGAUGAUCACAGUUACAAUGACAGCAGUAACCGUCUGCCACGGAGUCUCGAUGCUCAGCCAGCUCAGCAAGCCGUCUGUAAGGUCAGGACGGAGGUCAUUGAGGUCACACGCUCCAUGUUGGACCGUAGUAAUGCAAAUUUCCUGUUGUGGCCUCCGUGUGUGGAAGUCCAGAGGUGUUCAGGCUGCUGUAAUACCAAAAGUUUGCACUGCGUUCCUGUACUCACACACACGCGAUAUCUUCAGGUGAUGAAGAUACAAUACGUGAACAAGCGGCCGCUCUAUGACAAGGCUGUCGUCUCUGUCCUCGAUCACGUAGAGUGCCGCUGUCAGCCGGUUCCUCGCCCCACCCAGCGCAAGAAGUCUUCCACCAACAAACAGGAACCGCGCGAUCGUUCAGGAAAAUCUCGCUCUAAAGUUGAGCUCCACCAUAGGGACGAAUUCAAACCCAACCAGAGGCUCAGCUUGGAGGACCUGCUCAGCCACAGCUGGAUACCAAAAGAGAGGCUCCAUGAAUCAGGACCACCAGAAGCUUUUCUACCUUCUGGGGAUAUCAAGCUCCACACAGGCCGUGACGGCUGGGGUCUGAACGUGACGCAGUAUGGCGGGGGCAAAGGUCAUCACCAUUACCCUGAUGCACAGAGACAUCAUGGCAACACAAAUGACACGGGGGUGACGGGUGCGUUACCGAAUCACACAGAGAAUUCAGAAAUUGAGGACGUCGAUUCUCUGAACAAUUUUACAAAGGCUGUUGAAAGAGAGCGAUCAAAUGCACUGUUUGAGACACAAAACAAUGCCAACCAAAGUACAACCAAUCGGACAACGGAAUAUAAGAUUACGCUGACGGAACUGACAAAUAAAACUUUUAGUCAUCAGUCAAAUCUCAAACACGAAAUCAAUCACACAGGAAGUAAAGAAGUCGAUCCGUUACAAAGACACAAUGCCAACUUUGCAGGGACCAAUCAGAUGGAUCAGCUUGUCUCUGAAUCCGCAGAGAAAGCCAUUCAAAAUCAAGGAGAUUUGUUUCGGCCUCUUGAGGUGAACAAUACGACUUCAGAUGUUGAGAAGAGAGAGGAUGAGAGGGAAGAUGACGGGAUGAGCCCAGAACAAAAAGCAAAGGACAAGGAGAUGGAGGACCUGCUGUUACUGCACAAACUUUUAGAAGAUGAAGAUAAACACAAACAUCACCUCAAAGCUCAACAAACGAAAAGAGAACAGGAUGAGAAACUACAGCAGCUCCACCACAAACAACACACAACCACACAACAAACAGGAACCAUAUCUCCUCCAUUGCAGCGUUCUCCUCCACGUACACCUCCCCGACCUCCGCCACAGCCACCGAAACGCAGAAGAAAACAGCGAAACCGCAUUAGCAAAUCAGCCAUGAGAGCUCUGCUAAUGUAGUACCAACACGACAG